AUGUCGUCGACCACCACCGCCACUUCCGCCUCCUGGUCGGUGUCCAAGCCAGAGCAGAGCAGCAUCGCACCUGCAUUCUAUCAAACGAGCCCACCUCCUCACUGGUCCAACGUGCCCAAGCCUUCAGCCAGCACGACCACACUCGACGUUUCCAAGCGCAAGUUCAAGUCUCCCUGGCCAUCCGCGUCCCCGCACGGCAUCCUAGGCUUCCUGCGCGCCCGCCUCUUCGACUGGGACGAGGUGCCUCUCCCCCCCAAGAUCUCUUCUGGCGGGGCCACCCUCCCUCCCGUUCACAAGCCCACCUGGGUCGACCCCUCCUCAUCCUUCGGCGACAACAUCACGUUCACCUGGCUAGGUCACGCGAUCUGUCAUCUUCAAAUCCCCAUCUCCUCGUCGCGCACCAUCACCAUCCUCUGCGAUCCGGUGCUCAGCCGUCGCGUUUCGCCAGUCCAGUGGUUUGGGCCCGAACGGUACACCGAUGCGCCCGUCACAGUUGACGAGAUCGCCGCUGCCUCCGCAUCGGGUGCCAACGCAUGGCCAGAUCUGUUGGUGCUCUCGCACAACCACUACGAUCAUACCGACUACAACACCAUUCAUUCGCUGCUCCACCCGACUUCAUCUGGCGUCAAGCGUCCGCACGUGUUCUGCACGCUUGGCACCAAACGCUGGUUUCAGGACAACUUUGGGCUGCGGGAGGACGAGGUUAGCGAGUGCGACUGGUGGCAGUCGUCCACCGUCUCGCUGGGCGGGGAGGACGUGUUGAACGUCACCUGUGUUCCAGCGCAGCACUUCAGCGGACGGGGUGCGACGGAUCGCGAUCGCACGCUGUGGGGCGGCUGGACGUUCCACGCCCCCGGCAGUGGGGCUCGCGUCUACUUUGCCGGCGAUACGGGAUACCGUUCUGUCCCCCGGGGCAUGCCACGCGAGCAAGAGGACACAUUGACGACCUGCCCGGCGUUCAGAGAGAUCGGCGAGACGCUGGGGCCAUUUGACGUGAGUCUGAUCCCCAUCGGAGCGUAUUUGCCUCGGAACGUCAUGUCGACCAUCCAUUUGGCGCCGCAGGACUCGGUGCGCGUGCAUCAGGACGUGAAGAGCCGCAAAAGCUACGGGAUUCACUGGGGCGCUUACCGUCUGACGCCAGAGGACGUGAACGAGCCACCGCGGCUGCUGGCGGAGGAGGCGAAGAAGUUGGGUCUCGACGAGGGAGAGUUCGACGUGGUGCAGAUCGGGCAGAGUGUUGCUGUUCCCAUUGCCUCUCCUGCAAGUAGCCACAAGGUCGACGUGGGCACCGAGACACAGGACCCAACCGUCACGUCGGAGGAAGCGUUACCCGAAUCCAAACUGGGUACGAAAUCCCACUGGGAUGCUGUGUACGCCCGCGAAGUAACGAACUUCCACGACAUCGGCGAGGAGGGCGAGGUGUGGUUCGGCGAAGACACGGUGAUGCGGAUGAUCCGCUUCCUCGAGACUUACUACACCGACAACCCGUGCUCUGCACCCACGGUUCUCGACCUGGGCACGGGCAAUGGGCAUUUGCUGUUUGAGAUGCUCGAGUCGUCCGCCGACCUGGAAGACGUUCUGACAGCCAGUCGGUUGGUCGGGGUGGAUUACUCGGAUGCAUCUAUUGAGCUUGCCCGUUCUAUCGCUACAAAACGCGGGGGAACGUGCGAAGAGGUGCGAUUCCAAACCGCCGACCUGCUGGAUUCCUCCUCUGUGGAAUCCCUCGUCACGCUGCCCAAGAGCCAGCUCGGCGCAGAGGAAGCCUGGGACUUGGUAUGCGACAAAGGCACCAUGGACGCCAUCGCCCUCUCCUCCCAACCCAUCAACAACCGUCUGCCCAUCGACCUGUACACCGAUGCCGUCGCCAAACUCGUCAAGAAGAACGGCCUGUUCUUGAUCACCAGCUGCAACUUUACCGAACAAGAGCUCAAGUCGAGGUUCACAACGAGCGGGUUCGAGGUGGAACAGGUGCUGCCUAGUCCGAGCUUCACUUUUGGCGGCGCAAAGGGGUCCACGACCAGCAGUGUCGCUUUCAGGAAGCUUUAG